AUGGACACCUGCUUCCCCCAGGCCUCGGUGCGGCCAAACCUCCCGCUGCGAAGACCUGCGACGCCCCGCGGUGCCGUACCGAGGAUCAUCUCGCCUCCGUUCGGGGAGAAGAGGACAGCGCUGGAUGAUACGAGGAUGAGCCCCGAGUCGGCUUCACCAGCCCCUGUGAGGCUGUGUAACUACUGCAGUCAGCAAGGGAACUUGCGGUGCUCACGCUGCAGGAGGACCUAUUACUGCUCGGUGGCGUGUCAGACGGAGGACUGGAAGGCUCACAGACACGUGUGCAAGCUGGCCGCGGCCGAUGUCACUGCCAGGUAACCCAGGGAAACGGGAUGCAGGCCUGCGAUGACCUGUGUGGAUCCAGGUGCUACGGUGCAGCUCAGGAGGGUGUACCUGCACGAGCUGCCCAAGAACACGGUCACGAAAGGAGCAGAGCUGCAGGCCUCUGUGGUGGAGCUGAGGAACCCUGGAAAGUUCUUUGUUCAUGUCCAGACAGUGAAGAUGAUGGAAUCUCUGCGGACGGUAACCAUGGCGCUGCAGAAGACCUACACCUGUUCUCUUGGCACAGACUACAUGCCAGACUAUGGGGAGGUCUGUGCUGUCAGAUACUCCCAGGACCAGAAAUGGUACCGAGGUGCGGUGGAGUCUGCAGAUGCUAAUUACAAAACCGCCAGUGUUUUGUACAUUGACUUUGGGAACGAGGAGGUCGUGAACCUGGAGAGGGUACGGCCGCUGCCCGUGAGUGUGGAUGCCCUGCCACCAUGUGCAGUGUCGUGCCGGGUGGCGGGUGUGGCCGCUGUGACGGGCAGCUGGACGGAGGAGUGCUGCAUCGCCGUGCGGCAGCUGGUGGCGGGGAGGACGCUGACGCUCACCGUGGAGGACGUGCUGGAGGGCGGAGCCGUCUGGGCCGUGGACGUGACGCUGCCCGCCAUUGGGAAAAAGCUGAGCGCUUUCCUAGUGGAGCAGGGCUACGGUGUGGAGGAGUCCAGUGGAUUGGCCGGUCCCAACAAUCAGGAUGUCGACUCCAUAUUGAGCGCGGCACUGGAGAACUUCAGGCGGUCGUCGGAGGGCAGGAGCGAGAUGAUGGGGGCCCCGCCCCCCGAGCCUCUCACCCAGGGUGUGGGCGACUGCUUCUCCGCCAUGGUGACGCACCUGCAGUCCCCCGCAGACAUCAUCUGCCAGAAGGUGGACAACGCCCGUGAGAUUCAGGAGCUGCAGGUGAAACUGAGGGAGCACUGCGCUCAGACACCAGCCAGCGAGGACUUCAGACCUGCCCCUGGGACAGUGUGCUGCGCCCAGUUCUCAGAGGACCAGCAGUGGUAUAGAGCCACAGUUCUGGGCUAUUCGUCAGAGACCAGGGUGUGUGUGGGGUACAUUGACUUUGGGAAUUCAGAGGAGGUGGAACUGAGUCACCUGCGGCCCCUCGGUGCGGAUCUCCUGGCAUUGCCUAUGCAGGCCAUCCCCUGUGCCCUGGCAGGGGUAAGGCCUGUUUCGGGUGCGUGGAGCAGUGAGGCAAGCCUGAUGCUAAAGAGGCUGGUGUGUAACAGAUUUGUGCGUGUGGAGAUCCUGGGGGAGAGGGAGGGCACAGCGCUGGUGACGCUGACGGACGAGUUCAGCGACCCGCAGACCAGCAUAGCGGACCUGUUCAUUGCCAGUGGCCAGGCUCUCCCCGCCGACACCCUUGCCCCACAGGAAGACACGCCCCAGAGAACGGGGAAAUCUGCUGUGUCCAGCCCCCCUGUGACCAAGUUGGAGUGGACAUGCACCGAGCUGCCCUGUGAUGGCCAGACGGUGCCUCUGUUGGUCAGUGUGAUAGAGACCCCGGACGAGUUUUACUGUCAUCGGUAUAACGCUGAAGAUAUUCACACUUUCGCGGAGCUCUCGCUUGAGAUGCAAAAGCACUGCCAGGCUGAGGGUGCUGCCUUCACCCCCAGCGUGGGAGAACCAUGCUGUGCCGUGUUCCCAGGUGACGGGUCCUGGUACCGGGGCGUGGUGCAGGGUUUGGCAGCGGACGGGAAGGCCACGGUUUUUUUCGCGGAUUUCGGCAACACUAGCAACGUGAAGCGGACUCACCUCCGAGCCAUCAUACCCAAGCUGCUCAGCCACCCCUUUCAGGCUAUCCGCUGCUGGCUGGCAGGUGUGGAGCCGCUGGAGGGCCAGUGGGGGGUGGAGGUGGUCCGCAGGUUUCGGGAGCUGACUGUGGGCCAGCAGGUGCAGGGCUGCGUGCUCUCCAUCACUGACAGGGGCUUCGGGGUGGAGCUGGUGAGCAACGGCCAGAACAUUGCCGCCCUGCUGGUGGCUGAGAAACUGGCCAAAGUCAGCGGAGAGCAGGGCCUCUCUGUGGUUGCGCUGGAGGCGGCAGGUAACACAGGGGGCGCCUUUCCUCUGGAUUGGAAGACUGUUCAGUUGCCGCUAAACAAGACAUUCCAGCCUCACGUAGCAGCAGUGAUCAGCCCAAGCCUAUUCUACCUGCUGAGAGAGGAUACCGAAGACAAGGGGAACCUCCAGGCGCUGAUGGUGGACCUUGCAGCUUACUGCAGCAGCCAUCCUAAAGCACCCACCUCGAACCCUGAGCCCGGCGCUGCGUGCUGUGCCCAGGUCCCAGGUGAUCAGAGAUGGUACCGGGCCGUCGUCCUGGAAACCGCAGGCUCUGAAGCGGAGAUUGUGUGUGCGGAUUAUGGGAUGGUGGAAAGGGUCCCGUUAACAAGCAUCCUUCCCAUCACGGAGCAAUACCUGGCGCUACCUUUCCGGAUCGUCAGGUGUGCACUUUCAGGAAGGGAGCUCUUCCCUGCUGUGUGGCCCCGGGCGGCGCUGGAGCUGUUUGGGUCGCAGCUGAGAGGCGGGUUUCGAGCAUCGGUGGAGGGCUUUGACGGGACCUACAACCUCCUGGCCCUGACCGCCAUUACCAUGCAGGGCGGGGCCAGCGUCAGUCACAUGGUCUUAGAGUGCUUGAGGAAACCUCUGAGGGAGGUCACCGAGCCCAGACACCAUGGCUCAGAUCCGGCUGAUACCAGAGCUCCAGAAAUCCGGGUCCCAGAACCUGCCAAGGCCAGAGAUUCAGAACCCAGGGACUCCGAACCGGCCAAGGCCAGAGAUCCACAACCCCACGACCCGAUUCAGCCCAAGAGCUCCAGCGGUCCAGCUACUGCAACUCUGCCCACCCCAGAGGGAAAGUGCUGCUGCCGCCACCUGCUACAGAAGAUGGAUCAACUGGAGGAGCUGAUCCUGCUGCUGAUGAAGCACAUGGGAGAUCUGCCGAAGGGCAAAUAG